AAAAUAAUUCUUAUAUUAAUAUUCAAAAAUUGAAGUGCUUUUGAUCUAUCAACAUAAAGAGUAUAACCUCAAAAUGUAAAAUAUGUUGUUAUUUUUAAGAAUAUGGUAUUUUAUAUUACUUUUGAUUAAUUUCACACAAAUUAUUGUGGCAAAUAAAUUUUGUGACAAAUCAGAUGAAUAUGAGGAAACUGAUAAAUGCAACAUUCAAUUACGUUACUCACAAAAUCGUUACAUACUCUAUGAUGUUAAUUCUCCAGAGGGAUUUAAUCUAAGAAGAGAUGUUUUUAUUCGUAUUGCAGUUUUUAUAAAAAUUUUAAUCAAACAAGAAACAGAAUUUAAAUGGAAAUUAGUAUUGCCACCAUGGGGCAACUUAUAUCAUUGGCGUAGUAAAAAUAUAGGAUUUCAAACACAAUUACCUUGGAAUCUAUUUUUUGAUAUUUUAAGUUUACAAAAAUAUAUACCUGUUAUUGAAACAUAUCAGUUUUUACAAGAAUAUCCUUCAGAAAAUAAUCAAACUCAUCUUGAUGUUGUAUAUAUUUUACAAAAUGAUGAAGAAAUGUUCAAGACAGGUAUAUUUGAAGAUAAGAAUAAAAUAAUAAAAUGUAAUGAUAAAUCAUUACAAUUUCAUAAAAUGAAAUCUGAAAAAUAUGUUGGACAUUUUUGGGGAUACAAUAAUAUAACUUCUAAAGCUGUUAAAUGUGUUAUAUUUCAUGGCAUGAUAUCAAAUCUUAAACAAAAUCUUAAACCUAAUAUUUAUAGAUCUGUAAUGUUCGAUCAUAUGGAAAUUGCAUUACAUGAUUUCUAUGGUACAAAAGAAUAUUGGAAAGCUAGACGUAGUAUGCGAUAUAAUUCUGAGUUAUAUGAUAUUGCUAAUGAAUUUCGAAAAUCCUUUUUUAAUUCAUCAAAUAAAUAUGAUAAAACAGAACGGCCGGAUGAUUGGACUAAAGAAAAAAAUAGAAGAAAUGCAAUUGGAGGUCCUUAUUUGUCAGUUCAUUUAAGAAGACGCGAUUUUUUAGUUGGUCAUUCUUCAACAGUACCAACAAUAAAAUCUGCUGCUUUUCAGUUAAAAAAUAAAUUACAUGAACUUCAAUUAAAAUUUUUGUUUGUUGCUACAGAUGCUACUCAGAAAGGUAAAUUAUCUCUAAAAUUUUAUAAUGUUUGAAUAUUUAUUAAUCAUAUCAAUUUGUCUAGAAUUCAAUGAACUCAGAGAAUAUUUGUCUAAUUAUACAAUUCUUAGAUUUAUCCCAUCAGAUUAUGUAUUAAACAAGUUUAAAGAUGGUGGAAUUGCAAUUAUUGAUCAAAUAAUUUGUUCUUAU